AUGAAUACCACACGGGGCCCCUUGUCAUCCGCCCAAGUUCUCCGCCAGAUCUUUUUCUCUCCUCUCCGCACCUCCAGAGUUGGCGUUCUUCCAUUCAAACCGCUUCGAAAUGGUGUCCAGUUCCGAUUCUUUCAACAAUCGCAUUGCUUAGAACUAAGAGAGUACCGCCCGCCCGUCGAACAACUGAGGAACGCCGCUAUCAAGUCCAAGUUCGUCCAACUGGUGAACGAAGAAAAUCUUCUGGAUCCUCCAACAAGACUAGAGGAUGUUCUUGAAUCAUUCGACCAUGCCGAGUACUUCCUUAUGCAGGUGAAAGAAGAGGACGACGACUCGCUACCACUCUGCAAAAUUAUUCACAGGAGGACAUAUUUGGAAAAGGAGAAGGCUAGAACAAUCUUGGCCCGUCAGAACCGCACUAUAAUCAAGCAAAUGGAGAUAAACUGGGCGAUUGACGCGCACGACUUCUCUCACCGCAAGAAACAACUUACGAAAUUCUUGGAGAAAGAUUGCAAGGUGGAAAUCACCUUGACUACGAAAAAGCGCAAGCGUGCCCCAACAGUGGAGGAGAUCAAGCAAACUGUACAGGGAGUGCUCGACACCAUCAAGGCUGCGGGCGCCCGCCAAACUAGCGAAAUGGAAGGAGAGCUGGGAAAGCAGUUGAAGAUUACCGCGCGGAAGGUGAAGAUGGAAGGGAAGGAUAAGGUUCAGGGAGAGGAACAGGCCAAGAGCGAGAAGUAA